UAGGAUUUGCGUAGAAAAAUUGUCCAAUCUAUGUCUAGUAACUUUUGUACAUAUGUUUUGUACAUAUAUUUUAAGGUGUAUGCAUGACACAACGCGAUUAACUUAUGAUUAACUUCACUUGCCGAUGCGUUGCAAAUGUUAACUCUUUUUAUGUAUUCUGGGUUUUAUUUUGUAAAAUUUAUUUUUUAAUUAAAUAUUGUCCACAUUUUAAAAUGAUUAUUUUUACAAAAAUCACGAUUAUGCAACUAUUGCGUGGCUGGGCGCAGCCAAAUAAUAAUGAUAAUUUUACAAUAUCUCGUUAUCGCGAAUCUUAAGAGCUAAUAAAAAUAAAAUAUAUUUAAUAUUUAUUAAUCUAUAUUUAAUAUUUGUGGCAAAAUAUUAAAUUGUUAUUUGUUAUUGCUAUGGAAUAUAUUUACCGUAAUACAAAAUCUUUUACGCAUACUGUUUUCUCACUAGGAUUUUGUUUACGUUUGCAUAAGUCAAGCCUUGCUUUUGUUCCAAAAUGCAACCCAGUGAGAACAGAAGAUGUGAUGAGAUUAAAAGAAUUUAUCAACAAACAUGAUCGUUUGUGCAUAUUAACUGGAGCAGGAAUAUCCACAGAAAGUGGUAUUCCCGAUUAUAGAUCAGAAGAAGUUGGUCUUUACGCUCGAAGCAAUCAUAAACCAGUUCUGUAUCAACAAUUUUGCAAAAGUGAGGCAAUCAGAAGACGAUAUUGGGCUAGAAAUUAUAUUGGCUGGCCAAGGUUUUCAUCUCUUAAACCGAACAUUUCACACAAGAUAUUAAAAGAAUUGGAAUCUGUUGGGAAGGUACAAUGCAUUGUUACACAAAACGUUGACAAUUUACAUUCAAAAGCAGAAAGCAAGAACGUAAUAGAGUUGCAUGGAACAGCAUUUAAAGUUAUGUGUCUCAAUUGCGAUCAUAAAAUAUGCAGACACAAACUUCAAAAGAUCUUCCAGGAACUUAAUCCAUCUAUGACUGCAACUACUCAAAUGAUAAGACCUGAUGGUGAUGUGGAAUUAUCACAGACACAAGUGGAAGGCUUUAACAUUCCUGCUUGUCAUAACUGCGGUGGUAUUUUGAAACCGGAUAUUGUAUUUUUUGGCGACAAUGUGCCACAUGGCACAGUAGAAAAUGUGAAAAAUAAUGUGGAGAGUUCCGAUGCUUUGCUAAUUCUGGGGACAACUCUUACUACAUUUUCUGCAUACAGAAUUGUACUGCAAGCAGUUGAUGGCAAGAAACCAGUAGCAAUAGUAAAUAUUGGUAAAACGAGAGCUGAUGAAUUAAUGAACUUAAGAAUAGAAGGUAGAUGUGGAGACAUUCUUUCAAAAGUUUGGCAAUUAAAUGCUAAAAACAAUUAUAUAAGUUGAUGACAAAUAUAGUUUUUAAAUUUCAAAUUAUAUUUGUGGUAAUUUAUUCAAGUGUUGUAUAUGAAUAAAAAAUAUUUACUGU